AUGGCUCAUUCGAACUUCCCAACCUAUUCUGAUCCUCUUCAACUAAAUACCAAUAGCGAGGUCAACGAAGCAAACGAGCCAGCAACUUCCAUCCCUUAUCAAACAAAAACAAUACCGCAAGGAAGAUUCGAGGUUUUCUACGUGAUAUGCUCUUCAAUGAUCAAUAUUGGAAUUAAGUGCAUGGUAGCUGAUUUUUUAAACACUGAAAAAUUCACCCAUUACUGCCCCAGACAUUCUCACUUGAUGGUCUGCAGCUCGGCUACAACGCUUAUGCUUUUCUUAUGUCUUUGUAAUAUAUUAGUAGCAAUGGCUUAUGUUUCUUGGUUUAGGUAG